CGCCCCUUACUUUAGAAGCUGUGUGUGUGUGUGUGUGUGUGUUGGAUAAGUAGAUUUUGACGAUGGCUGGCAGCAGUUGCAGAUGGACAGCAGCUCUCUGAGACAGUGAGACCGCUCUCAGGUAUCAGAAGGCGAGCUGGACAUCACAUCAGCUGGUGACAUCCUCCCGAUGGUGCUGCUGCGGUCACCAUGGGAGACGAGUCGUACCCCCAGUGUGGAGCUCAGAAGCUGUUUGAUGCGUUCGUGACGGCAUCAACCUGCAGGGUGGCGCUGGGCUCCUUCAACCAGCUGUGUGACCAUCUGGCGCUCGACCGUGGCGCCGCGGAGCGGCCACUGUACCGGCCAAUCAAACGCCGCCUCAACUACUGGAGGGCCAACGCUCUGUGGGCCAAACUAGACCGAAGAGCAAAUCAGCAGGAGUACCGAAAGGGGGACAGAGUCUGCAGCAACACCACUUGUGUGAUCAUUGGGGCGGGGCCCUGCGGCCUGAGGACGGCGGUUGAGCUGAGCUUCAUGGGAGCUCGGGUGGUGGUGGUGGAGAAGAGAGACUCCUUCUCUAGAAACAACGUGCUCCACCUGUGGCCCUUCACCAUCCAUGACCUGCGGGGCCUCGGGGCCAAAAAGUUCUACGGAAAGUUCUGCGCUGGCUCCAUUGAUCACAUCAGUAUCCGUCAGCUGCAACUCGUCCUGCUGAAGGUGGCCUUACUGCUGGGGGUCGAGGUCCACGUCAACGUGGAGUUUAAGAACCUGUUAGAGCCGGCAGAAGACCAGCAGGGAUGCAAGCUGGGCUGGAGGAUGGAGGUGAGUCCGAAAUCUCAUGCUGUCAAUCAGCUGGAAUUUGAUGUUGUCAUCGGAGCAGACGGACGCAGGAACGCACUUCCAGGUUUCAGGCGUAAAGAGUUUCGGGGGAAGUUGGCCAUUGCCAUCACAGCUAACUUUAAGAACAGACACACCUCAGCCGAGGCCAAAGUGGAGGAGAUCAGCGGAGUGGCUUUCAUCUUCAACCAGAGGUUUUUCCAAGAGCUUCGACAGGAAACUGGAAUCGACCUGGAAAAUAUUGUUUACUACAAAGAUGACACUCACUACUUUGUGAUGACGGCAAAGAAACAUAGUCUGUUGGAGAAAAGAGUCAUUAAACAGGACUUCGCAGAGACCGAGCUGCUUCUGUCUCGGGCAAAUGUGGACCAGAAUGCAUUGCAGGCGUAUGCCCGCGAGGCUGCCAACUUUUCCACCAAUCACCAGCUGCCGUCUCUGGACUUUGCCAUGAAUCACUGUGGUCAGCCGGAUGUCGCCAUGUUCGACUUCACCUGCAUGUAUGCUUCGGAGAAUGCCGCCAUGGUUCGCCAGCGCCAAGGACACCAGCUGCUGGUCACACUGGUGGGAGACAGUUUACUGGAGGUGAGACAGCCGUUCUGGCCGAUGGGAACAGGAAUAGCUCGAGGGUUUCUGGCAGCUCUCGAUUCAGCCUGGAUGAUCCAGAGAUGGUCUCAAGGAGAAGCUCCGCUGGACAUCUUGGCAGACCGAGAGAGUCUAUACCGUGUCCUCCCUCAGACAACUCAGGAAAACCUUCAAAAGAACAUUAGUCUUUUUACAGUUGACCCGACAACAAGAUACCUGAACAUCAACCUGAUGCUCAUCACUCCUGCUCAGGUGAGACAUCUGGUGGACACAGGUGAGGAGACGGGGCUUAACACAGACAGGGGUGAAAUCAACCACCUGCCAUCUCCCAGAUUCUUCGAACAGAGUUCUUUCUCUGAGUCCAAUAAGCUGCUGAUUUGGUGUCAGGAGCACACUCGUGGUUACCGCGGCGUUGCCGUUAGCGACCUAACUACUUCCUGGAAGAAUGGCCUUGCUCUCUGUGCACUCAUCCACAGAUACCGACCUGAUCUCAUAGACUUUAACUCUCUGGACCCGUCCUCAGUGGAGGACAACACUCGCCUGAGCUUCGACGUGGCUGAACGUCACUUUGGAAUUCCUCCUUUGAUGUGGGUCGACGAGAUGAAUUCUGUAGAAGAACCGGACUCUCUGUCCAUGGUGAUGUACCUGAGUCAGUUUUACCAGCUGCUGAGAGACAAGCUGCCCCCUGCUGGUCGGAUCAGUAAUCAAUAUUAUCAUAACAAAGGUGAUCUGGCUCACAUAGCUGACCUGAAAUCAGCUCUCCUCACUCCGGCCUCCCUGCUCAGCAGACUGGGACUCAGUCCGUCCAGGAAGAGGAACCCUAAGGAGCAGAGCGACGCUGUUAGCAAACGAAGGAGGACCAGUAGGGAGAGUCGAGAGUCAUGUGACCUGACCGGCAAUGAUGUCAACGAGGUGUGCGACCGGGCCGUGGUAGGCGGGUCCAAUUGCUGCAGAGUGCGUCUGAUGGCCAAUCAGUUGCAGGCGAAGCUGGAUGAGAGGAGCUCUUCUUCUUCUGAUGCAGCAGCCCUGCGUCGACAGCAGGGAGAGCUUUUGCCCCCCCCUCGGUCUGAAGACUGUCCGCCAGCUGAAUCGCCAGGUCAGACGUUAUCAUGGAGACCGGUAAAGAUUGGUAGUGAGAAAAGACCAAAGGAGAGGAAACGGACCCUCCAACAGGAACAGAUGAGCUUUCGAUUCAAAGAAAGGAUCAAGUCUCAGUCUGAAGAGCAGUCCUCAGGCUGCCGCUGUGUGUGUUUCUUCUGUCAGAAGAGGGUAUAUCUGAUGGAACGUCUCAGUGCAGAAAGUCUGUUCUUCCAUCGCAGCUGCUUCCAAUGUUCCUCCUGCAGCGAAGGCCUGAGACUCAGCACAUACGCCUUCGAUCCCCUGCUCCGGAGGUUCUAUUGUCUCCAGCACUUCAACUCUCGGCUGAGCGCCACCACGCCCAACCGAGCCACUUCCCAGCGAGCUUCCAUCGCGUCACUGGGCUCAGCUCCUUCACUAUCCUCUGCAGAAUCUCUGACCUCUGCUGGCGACCGUCGUCCCUCAGUGGUUUCUGUGAUGGUGGAGACGCCGGAGAGGAUUGAGCUGGAAAAAUAUCGGCGGAGAUCGACAAAGGUGGAGACAGAGCAGCUGGAUGAGCUGCAGGAACCCGAGGAAGUCUCUGAGGAGACUCUCAACCGGUUCAACCUCAGCAUGGAUGAGAAAGACCAGCACAUAUCUAGUUCAGAGUCUGAGAUGGAGGAAGAGGAGGAGGAAGGCCAAGCUAAUUGUCGUUGUCUGACUUCCGAAGAGGCAAAAACUUUGUGGAGGGAAACUCUGCAGCAACACCUCCACCUGAAACACGAGAAGGAUGGCGAGGAGGACAAGGAAGAACAAUCUAGUGACAGUGAGGAGUUUACUCCUCUUCUCUCGCAGAGCAUCUCAUCGACAGCAAGAAGUCACAUUACACAUGGUGACACACCUGUCCGCAGCUCGCCGUCUUGCAUCACCUCCUUAACACCUUCGUCUGACACACCGUUCACCGACUCCUCCACCAUGUCUGCCUCCGCCCCCAGUGAGGGCGGAGAAGUCUCUCCGCCCUCACUGCACACAGCUGUCGUUGACAUGGACACAGUUGUUCAGGGGCAACCUACUGGAGGUAAGGGCUUGUUUGAUGUCAUCAGCCCUGAGCUGAAGAAGCCCCUCCUCUUUCACGGCAGCACGCCAGGGCCAGAUGGUGAACGGGUGAAGUCAGAGAAAGAGGAGGCAGAGUCCGACGGUGUGAGGAAGAAAAGUGGACCUAGAGGAAACCACAACCUCUACCCUCGAGUCUUCCUGCCCCCUCAGAGUGGAGGCAAGGCACUUAUCCCCCAGCUGAAGGGUCCCAAAGAGACUCCAACCCCCAGAGAGGUUGAGGUGGAAGGGGGAGGGGCAAGAGCCUUGUGGAGGUCUGUCUUUUCAGGAAACCGGAUGGAGAAGAAGAGAGACAACACUUUACCUUCACAGAGGGGCACAGCCAAUCGAAGGAGAGCUACAGAUGUUAGACGAGAUCUGACAGAAGAGUCGGCUAAGGACACAUCUUUUAAGCUGCAGAGAUGUUCACUGAAACCACUUCUUUUGGAUAUGUCUGAUCUCACGUCUGAAGUCCAGAGGGUCACAAUUAAAGAGGAGGAGAAGAAGCAGGAGCGGACGUACGUUCCUCACGCUCUUGCUUUUAAGCGAGCAUACGUCAUCAAGAAACGCUCUCUGGAUGACAGAGCCCCCCUCCAGGGCUCUGAUAGACAGUCCUCGUGUCCCACACAGGUGCUAGGGGUCCUGGUUCAGCAAAGGGAGCCGUCAUGUCUAGAUCUGAAGGAGAGCAUGUUCCAGGGGGAACCAAAGGACGAAGACGAAGACCUGGAUGCCAAAAUCACCCGACGGGUUCAGAGAGCUGCUCGAAGAAAAGCCCAACAGGAACAGCUGAAGAGACUCCACAAUGCUCAGAUGGUCCAGAGACAGCUGCAGCAGGUGGAGGAGGAACAGAGACAGCUUGAGGAGAGAGGAGUGAUGGUGGAAAAAGCUCUUAGAGGAGAAGCAGAUUAUUGGGGAGAAUCCAACGCGAGCAAAGACGUAGAGCUUCACCUGGAAGGACUAGGUAAACUGGAUAAUCCGGCUCUGAUGCAGCAGUGGUUCCAGUUGGUCCAGCAGAAAAACUCUCUGGUGCGAUAUGAAUCGGAACUCAUAAUAUUUGCUCGUGAGCUGGAGCUAGAAGAUCGGCAGAGUCGUCUGCAGCAGGAGCUCAGAGAGCGGAUGGCCGUGGAUGACCACCUAAAGGAGGAGUGGGAGCUGCUGGAAGAGCGUCUGAUCCUGGAGGAGAUGUUGGAGGUGGUGGAGCAGAGAGACUCUCUGGUGUCUCUGCUGGAGGAACAAAGACUCCAGCAACGACAGGAAGACCAGGACCUGGAGGAGGUCAUGAUGACCUGAGGACUGGGACUCAGCUGGACCUGAACUGGUCUGUACUGGUUUAAACUGGUCCAGUUCCUAAUGCCACCCCAAAGGUUUCAUAUCAAAACUUUAGUUUUGAUGUUCUUUGAGUUUUGAACCAAGAUUGAAGUGAAGUUGAAAUUGACCCAAAGUGUUUUAUAGAAUUCACUUAGCAAUGUGUAGCCCACGUUGUUAACUAUGUGACAUUGUUGCCAACGUUGUUAGCUACGUCACAUUGUAGACAAUAGUCUUAACAAUGUCACAAAGGUUGAAGAUAGACAAUCUUGUUAACUAUGUCAUAUUUAACCUUGUUAAAUACGUCACAUUUCGUCCCAUUGCCGCUUUGCACAUUGCAUACAUACAUACAUUGUUAUCUACGUCACAUUAUAGCCCAAACUGUUAACUACGUUACAUCAUAGCCAACACUCUUUGCCAUGUCACAUUGUAGCCAACAGUCUUUACUAUUUCACAUUCUAGACAACAGUCUUCUCUACAUCACAGCGUACGAACCUGAAGAAUAUCGGCUGAAGGAGCCCUUUCUAGACUUGGUGCAUUUGAAUAACGACAAGAACCGUGACGCUUUGUUCUUUUAAACAUAAACAAGUAGAGAUGUGGUUCUACACACAAGAACACAAGGUAAUACAUUUAGUUACUUACAUUCAUACGUUUAACUACUUAAAUUAGUGUAUAACUGAUAGCUGGUGAUUAUAUUGAUAUUUCCACCACAUCUAUAUCUCAAAUGAUUAAAGAUGCAGUAUUAAACGUUGUGUGUCUUAUUAUUGUGUCAGCUGUUGAUCCAUUCUUCCAAACUUUACCUCACUGCCUUAAAUAAUCUAGACCUGCCAUAUUAUUAACUGUUUAUUAAUCCUAUUUCAAUUAAUGUGUCUCUCAAUGUAACUAUGCAUAAAAAAUAAAAAGUACUCUGACUUAAAUGCUUUUUGUAUGAUAAAAGAAUCAUUCCGA